GGUUCAAACGCCUCUGACAAUAUCACUCCGUUUUAUUUUCUAUCACUUACCACGAUCUGAAAGGCUGUGAACCCCUGAUAUCUGAGACGUGUUGACCCCCGUGACAACCAGCAGCCCUACAGGGAACCUACAACAAAAUAGUUUUAAAAAGCUCAUCCAGGAAAUGCCUAUUAGAGCUGGUCACUCUGCUUUGACCCCUCCCAUAGGUGCUGGACCUCCAGAGAGAGAAAAUGAGACACAUAAGGCGGAAAUUACUCCGUGGUGACACACUGUGGUGUCCCGCCCACAACCCGGAUACUUGGACCCACUCCACUGAAACCUUAGGCCACAGCUAAGUUCCUUCCUUCAAAAAAUAAAUCUAAGAAAGAGGAAAAACAGGAAUGACCCCCUUUCAGGCACUCUGUUGGUUUUAUGGCGCCUCUUCUUGCAAAUGUUUGUGUAAAAUUGACAUACUGUGGUCCUUUUGUGCACAAUUACAGCAAGGAAAAUUCAGAUCCCAAAGGUCCACCUAUUGGCACAGAGAUUUCAGAAAAGAAAAAGCUGGAGUUAGUAGGCCACCCUAAAAGCUGUGCCUCUACAGCGGAAAGAAAGUUUGUUUUGACUCUGCGGAAUGGCACUUUUUUUCUAAACGCGAAGGGCGGGGUAAGAGCAGAGCUGCACGCAUCUGUGAAUACAUACUGCCACCAAGCGGGCAUAAUUUCACCGCGACGGAGAAAGUCUGGGAGGACGUUCUCUUUGCGGCCCAAUUUCUGCUCUUUAGAUCCGGAACAGUCCACUGAGGGACCUGAACAAGAUAAAGGGGAAGGGAAAAGCGACAGAAGUUCGAGCAGAGAACCCACCGGGCAGCCGGUGGGGGUGCCCCGGAAGUCGAUUUGCAACUGGGAGGGGGGCGGUCUUCCGAAGUCCUGCCCCGGAAGCCAUAACACUAGCAGAAAGACGUUCCCGCCCCACUCCUUCCCCCGGCCCUCCCCCCGCGCCAGCCCCCCCCACCCCACGUUCCAUCGCCUCUUCGGGGAGGCGGGAGCGCCGUGCCUGAUGGGAGGUGUGGGCGUGUUGAUCAUGGGUGUAGGGAAUUCGGCUCUCUCCUUUCUACCCGCCGCCCGAGUUUAUUUUGUGCACGGUUUCUUUUGUAGCGGACGUUACUGGGAGGAAUGA